AUGGCAUUCCGUCCUCUGUCUUCCAAGAUCCCAAUUCCGGUCGAGGACAUCCCGACUCUCUCGUUUCUGUACAACAAUGACCAGCUCAAUCCCUCAGUCGAGGAAGGCCUGCCAUCUCCAAACCAAGACUUCAAUAACAAGAUUUGUGUCAUUCAGGCUGACAUCACGAAACUCAAGGUUGAUGCCAUAGUCAACGCUGCCAACCGCGGUCUCCGUGGAGGAAGUGGUGUUGAUGGUGCCAUCCAACGUGCCGCUGGACCCAGACUGCUACAGGAAUGCGCGACUCUUGGUGGAUGCGAAACAGGCUCUGCCAAAAUAACUGAGGCGUACAACCUUCCUUCCAGGAAGGUCAUCCAUGCCGUCGGACCCGUUUUCGAGGACCACGAAACCUCGGAACCACUUCUGCGUGGCGCGUACCGCACCGCCCUCAAUCUCGCCGUCGAACAUGGCUGCAAGUCCAUCGCAUUUCCUGCAAUUUCCACUGGUGUCUAUGGCUAUCCUAGCCGUGACGCAGCUCGAGCCGCCAUCUCCGAGGUCCGUGCGUUCCUCGGUGGGCCAAAGGGACUUCAGAUCGAAAAGGUCGUCUUCUGCAACUUUGUCCAGAAGGAUGUCGAUGCCUACGCCCGUUUCCUCCCGCUUUCGUUUCCACCGACUCCGGAUGACCUGUCCCAUACAGGUGAGUAUGAUUUUGAUACAGAUGAUCUCAACAAGGAAAAUUCGCCAACGGAUGCACAGGCCCUUUUGGGGGCAAAGUCUGAACGUGCUGUGAAUCGAUCUUCUCGUGCCAUUGUCCAAAGACACGCGAGGCGUACGUUCACCAAUUCAGACCGAGCCCAGCUUUACUUCGACGGAGCGGGUGGUGACCCUGCAUGUCCAGAAGGAGACGACGUGGCAGUUGACGAGAAUGACGGCGAUGUUGAGACCAGAGGGGGUGAUGAUGGACAAGGACCCGCUGAAGCAGGAACUUCUGGCAAGGUGAGCAUCAAAACAACCCGAGGCAGCACCUUCUGGGUCACUUACGCGAAACGAGGCCACGCAGUGUGA